UACUGACAGAUAAAAAUAGGUUAGUUUCGGACAGACUUUCAUGCGUGCAAGAGUUACUACAAAAUUAUUGUUAUAAAAAUGUACUUACCGUGUUUCAAUCUCGACGAAACUAACGAAAAUGAGUGAAGCGGGUUUGCAGCAAUGGAAUCACAAGAAAUAGAUAAAUUAUCAGUGUUAUUACUUCAUCAUCAUCCGGAAUUUCUUAGAGCAUGCUGCGACCUAAUAAACGAUGAGUGGCCGCGAAGUGAAACAGCCAGGAUGAUGUCCCUGCAAGCUUCAUGUGAUACCUUACCCACCAGUUUAAUACUGACCAACGAUAAAAAAGAUAUUUUAGGACAUUGCAAGUUAACACCCAUACCGGCCAUACCAGAGAGUUGUUUCAUUGAAACAGUAGUUAUAAGCAAACAGUUACGUGGUAAGAAAUUAGGUAGUCACUUGAUGCGUAAAGCUGAGGACUAUUGUAAAAAUGUAUUAAAUUUAGAGAAAGUUUAUUUGUCUACUAAAGGACAAGAGAAUUUCUAUGCUAAAUUAGGGUAUAUCAUUUGCGAACCUGUAUCUAUUUACGGAUGUAAGCCAAUUAGUUUUAAACUAGAGCCUGCUAGCCAUAAGAUUGAAAAUUCUGUGCCAGUAUCGAGUAUUACGAAUGGAAUGCCACCCCCACCGCCCCCACCGAUGCCGAUGACAAAUGUAAACAAUAACUAUGUUACAAUGAAAAGUAACAAGACUUACAUGUUUAAGUAUAUUUAGUAUUCGUUUUCAGUGUUAAUAAAAAUCACAACAAAAAUUCGUUCUUUUAUUAUUUUUAAUAUAUUUUAUUGUCUCCAGAUAGAAAAUAAAAGCCUUAAAGAUUUUAAAAUAAUUUAUUGAUGAAUUUGUCAACUAAAACUUGGCUUUUUCUAUAUAAUUUAUUGCACGCUGUCUUAUUUCCUCCACUUUUUCUUGAUCGCCAAUUUUCUCUUCUGCUUCUAUCCAUAUCUUGUAUAGAGUCUUCAUUUUACGUGCUGGUAACUUUUGCGACGUCAUCCGCUCCAUAACUUGUCUAAGAAAAAUUGAACAGUACCGUUACAGCAGUGGCAAUUUUGUUAGCAUAAGUGACCUAGUUUUCAAUUCAGAUCAAUUCCUAUUCCAUGAGACAACAGAAUAACGUUAAGAGCUGUACUUCGACUAUGAAUUUUGCGUAAAAUGGUCAAUUGUGGCGUUGUUGAUCUCUGAAUCAAAAAUAUAUUAAUUUUGAUUCGCUGAAUAGUGAAGAAUAACUAUUGGCAUAGUGUGUAGCGGCUUUGCUUUUUGUAAUUUAUGCUUAAUUUUAUAAUUAAACCCAAAAUAGCACUGUUUUGAACUGGAUUGAGCUGCUACAAACGAAUUAGAAAAUAUUAUGUUCUCUUAUAUAGUCAUAUAGUUCAUAGUGGGCUCGAGAAUUUUAAAAAAUAUCAUUGAAUAAUAUAGAGUAAAGAAACUUAUUAUAUACAAAAAAAAAAAAAACGAAAAUAGCUUUAAGUUAACUGUAAAUAUCUUCUAUCUUACAUGAUAUUGUGAACAAAAUUUGUACCAAAAUAAUAAUUACUUCAUAAGGAAUAAAGAUUUCAUAAUUUUCCUAUUUCAAUAAAACGAUAAAUAUAAGUACAAAAUUACUACAAAAUGCGAUGCACCGGCAGCCCGAGUUCAGUUUUUUCGGCCGUGUAGUGAGUUUUUGUAUUUGUAAUUAGGCCUCUUACCGUAAAUUCAAACUAAAAUAGUUUUUUACAGUUUAUAGAUACACAACAGACUAGGGUACUCUACUUCU